AGGCGCUCCCACCCGUCCUAGAAAUUAAAGAGCGAGGGUGAAUGCGCAUGCGCGGUUAGGAGGAAACGGCUGAGGUUCAUUUCAUGCUAUGUGUGGUCGACUUCGCACCGAUCAGAGUGAGAGAGCGAGGGACAGAGAGUAAGGAAAAGGGAGUUUAGGAUUCACGCUUUGGGUCAGACAACUGAACGUGUUGCUUAAACUGCAAGAGGAGAACACGAAACGUCUGUAAUGACAGCAGAGUCAAGUGAAUUAAGUGAAUAAACACAAGCGGCAUUGCGCGGCUGAUAGCAAGAGAGGCAGAUAGAUCCGAGAAGAGAAGAGAGGAAAAAGGGAUAUCCAGUCGGACUAACUAGUUGGGUUGCCCCGAAAGCGUGGACAAGGCUGUAAACCAGCUUAUGCAAAACUAGGGAGGCAUGAGACUACAAUUAAUGAAUGGCAGCGCUGGGUUUUAAGGAUUAAAAUUCCACGUGAUUUUAAUUUCUUGAAGGAUGAGAAAGGAAAUUUGUUUCAGAUAAAACAUGGCGGAUGCUGACCUGGACUUCACAACAGGCGAUGCUGGUGCCUCUGCUACCUACCCCAUGCAAUGCUCUGCCCUGCGCAAAAAUGGUUUUGUGGUGCUAAAAGGUCGACCAUGCAAGAUUGUGGAAAUGUCCACAUCUAAGACCGGCAAACAUGGACAUGCCAAGGUUCACAUGGUGGGCAUUGACAUCUUCUCUGGCAAAAAGUAUGAGGAUAUCUGUCCCUCAACCCACAAUAUGGAUGUCCCUAACAUCAAAAGAAUGGACUACCAGCUUAUUGGCAUACAGGAUGGCUACCUGUCUCUGCUCCAGGACAGCGGUGAGGUCAGAGAAGACCUAAAAAUGCCAGAAGGAGACCUGGGCAAAGAGAUAGAAAGCAAGUUUGAUGCCGGUGAGGAAAUCCUGAUCACUGUCCUGUCUGCUAUGAAUGAGGAGGCUGCAGUAGCUAUCAAAGCCAUGGCUAAAUAAAACACAGCAGGUAUAUGGAGCUCUUACUGCUGUGUGCACAUACUCACCUGCUAACUAGGCCCGGAGUGACUGUGCCUCACCAGUGUGCUUGCAGCAAAGCACUUAUUCAAAUGUUUACUUUUACUUUAAACAAUAAAACAAACACCGUAUUAUUAUUAAUAUUAUUAUUAUUAUUAUUAUUAUU